GCAAAUGGCGAACGCGUAGUUGCACGUAGCGAUUAGUUGUAUUAUCCUGCAGGAUAGAUUACAGUGUCUGCAUCAAUGGCAGUUUCGAAUGACGAUGUGAUUGUAAAUAAUAUGGCUCAUACGGAGCAGCUUAUAGGCGACGAAUGCCGCAUUUGCCUGAAGUCCUGCACGGAGAUGUACCAGCUCUUCCGCAACGACGACGGGAUAUUGCAGAAGUUGAUGGCUGUCGCCGCCGUACAGGCGGAGGAAGGAGAUGGUCUACCGGCUUCUAUUUGCUUAUCUUGCAAUCAUUUGCUGGAUGUGUCCUACAACUUUAAAUGCCAGAUUCAGAAUGCUGAUCUAAAGCUACGUCAGAUCUUGAAACUGCAAGUCCCAUCAUUGCUGGACGACAAACAUGAUACCAUGAUGGUCAAAGAUAUCACAAAUAUUAUAUCAGACACAGCUUCUUGUAAAAAGGAUAAUCAUGUUCUAGAACAAGAAUUAUACGCAUCUCACAAUAUCGUUACAUUCGAUAAUACAACUGUUCAAUCUGACAUGGCAAUUAAUAACGACAAAUCUCAUAUGAGUCAAGAGUUUAUGCAGAAAACGGAAAUUAUAGAACUUAAUGAAAAAAGCAUGCAAUAUAAUACAUUUAAAGAAGAUGUACAUAACACUGAAAUAGUAGGAGUCGUUUUAUGUCAUGAAACACACAUGGAUGACGCAUUUAUCAAUCAGUCAAAUCCAUUGUCCGAUCCGACAAUAGAAGAAAACAAAUGCAUCAAGCAAGAACAGUUAAUAUUAUCUAAAGAUAUUGUGCAAUCGGGAAGUUUAACUGAUCAGAAUAGAGCAGAUACAUUAAAAGUCGAAGUUAAGCAAGACACACCAUUAGAGAAUUACAACGAUCAUACCGCUUUAAACCAAACCGCACUGUCAGAAACGGACAAUCAAGAGAUGAAAAGCGGCACGAAUUGUAGUGAUGACGAGGAGAAGCCAUUGAUAAGCAGGACAGCCAGACAGAAAUGCUUGCACUGUGUCAAAACGUUCCCGUCAAAAGUCGCAUUACAACGACAUAUUAUUGUACACAAACAUAAGACGAAACUACGUUACGUGUGUUACCUGUGCAACAAGCAGUUCUCGAACAUUUCUAAAUUGAAGAGCCACGUGCUCAACAGCCACGAAACUUACAUGACGGAUAGUAAAGCGACGCAGGAUGAUAGUCAGGAUAAAAAAGUCAGCAAAGUAUCAGCGAAAGUUACUAGAAGCGGCAAUGUGAUAGACGGCAUGAGAGAAGAAAAGAAAAACUUUAAGUUCACGUGUAAGGUUUGUUCGAAACAGUUCAUAUAUCAAAAAUCCUUCAUAUCUCAUGCCAAAAGUCAUCCCGAGUACAAUGAGGAGAUGUCGGACGAAGUGCUCGACCAGGCUGCGAGUAAGACGAGCAGUGAGCAGAAGGACAAGACGCCGAUGUUCAGAGAAAACGAAUCUGAGGAGGAAGAUGAAGAAGAGGAUGAUGAUGACAGUGAUCUGCCGAUCGAGAGUCUGCAAUGUACACAAUGCGGCAAGCUCUUCGCCACGAAGAGAAAUCUGAAGAGGCACAUCUCGACGCACAGCGGCUUGAAAUUCAAUUGUUCGACCUGCGGGAAAGGAUUUUCAAGAAUCGACAAAUUAAAGGAUCACGAACAGUCAAAGCACAAAGAAGAGAUAUUCGGCAACACCGACGACGAGGACGAUGACGAAGAGGAUAAUGAUAACAAAGUCAAUGAGUAUGCUGAGAGUCGGAAGAAGGAUCGACACAACAGACCGCAUCAGUGUGCGCUCUGUCCAAAAGCUUUCGCGCAAGCUCAAUCCCUAGCGAACCACGUGGAAAGGCACAAACGAGAAAAGGACACGCAAAAGCGGUUCCUCUGCGAAAAAUGUAGCAAGUGCUUUGCUCAGAGCGGCUCGCUGGUGGCGCAUAUGCGCACGCACACCGGCAUCAAGCCGUACGUAUGCAAGGUGUGCAGUCGCGCUUUCACCAAAAGCACAUACUUGCAGCUACACUUACGGACCCACAGCGGUGAAAAACCGUACAUUUGCCAGUAUUGCAGCAGAGCGUUCGCCCGGGCGAACACAUUGGCGCGACACAUCACCAUGCACACCGGGGAAGCGAAAUAUCAGUGCAACAUCUGCUCCAAGUCCUUCCGGCGGCUAACAUCGUUGAACGAGCACACGUACACACACACCGGUCAGCGACCUUACGCGUGCAAGCUUUGUACGAAGAGGUACAAUAACGCUGGCUCGUUGUACGCCCACACGAAAAAGUGUAAGGCGCAACAGCUCUCCGGCUCGACGACAACCGCAUUUGCGGUGUCCGCGACGGACAACACCCCGCAGCAGAACGACGCGUCGAUGCCACAAUUGCUGAUCUACUCUCAAAGAAAGUUGGUGGAGGAGGCAACGGUUGGCCAAGUCGUACCUACGCCACAGUACAUGGUGACGAGUGUACACAAUCAGAAAACAGUGCCCGCUAACGUGAUCCAACCGUUUACCGUGGAAGAUCCGAAUGUUUACAACUCGAAACAAUUCAAGAAUCAAUACUACACUCUUUAUCCGAACAUGUAACAACGUAUCAAUUACGACUGAUAGAUUUUUUAACUGCCUUUGCCCGGUGAUUUUAUUUCCAUUCGACUCGCAUUUCGAGACACUAAGCACCGCUGGCAAUACAAUAACAAAAAAAGUAUAGUAAGAAACAUGAAAAACAAAUCAUAUUUUAUUAGUAGAAACUUAAGACAUUAGGGGCCUUACGCACUGUCGACUAAGUCGCCGACGACUAGUCGACAGUGUGUAAAGAGCCUUAUGGAACAAAUUUUAAUAUUUAAGUUGAUUUCAGCGUACAUAGAAGAUUGCAUGAAUUAAAUGAAAUAUUAAAAUAAUAAUUUGAAAAUUGAAUUUAUUAAUAAUCGAUAA